UUUCACUCUCAUUCUCUUAAAACGCUAGCCAGCCGCCUUUGCCCGCCUUUAGAUUCAGGACUCUCUGGUCAGAAUCUUAAGCUGUUUUUCCUUUCUCCGGCAGCAUUUUCAUUACUAGCAUCCAGCGUCUGCAAAAUUACUUAAGAGAAACCUUAGCAAGCAUUUCCAAUCCCAUAAAAGACGAAUCUUUUCAAUCAAAUCAAUAGGAGAAGAAGAAAAGUCGUAGCGCAAAUAGAGAAGCUUCAAAGAUGACAAAAAAGGCUAAUAUUUUCAAUAUGGAAACUCCAAAGAUGACAAUAAUGGAAAAUCUUCUCAGAUGCCAACUGCAGCAGCAGAAGAAGAAAUCACUACUUCCCAAUCGAAUUCGCUAAGGUAUCUGUUUCUCUCUUUCAGUGUGCGCACACGCGUUUAUUUAUUUAUUUUUUAAUUAAUUUCAAGGAAGAGAAUUGUGAAGCCGUCAAAGCAGAUGGAUAUUGUUGAUCAUCAGGUUAGUUCUGAUUUCACUCUCGAGUUUUGAAUUCUAAGCUAGUUUCUGUACCUUUCUUUCUUUAAUAUUUGUUCUUGUUGUGUGUAUGUAAGCUACUAAUUAAAGCACUUGCCUUGUCCUAUCUAGGCCACUGGAAUUCAAUUCCAAGACAAAUAAUUAUGGAAAUCCUCAUCAUGUUACCCGUGCGGUCUCUUCUUCAGCUCAAAUGUGUUUCAAAAUCUUGGCAGGCAUUAAUCUCUGAUCCUUACUUUAAGAUGAAGCAUCUCAAUCAUGCCAAGAAUAACCACAAACUUCUUGUUUGCCAGUCAUCGCUUGAUAGGGUUGAUAUGGAAUGUACCAUCAAGUUUAGCUUCUAUUCUUCUCCUUUAUCGGAUGUACAAGAACUCAAUUGUCUUUCAAAGUAUGUACAAGAACUCGAUUGCCCUUCAACCUACAAACCAGUUGAGUGCCACUUAUUUUGUUUUUUUCAAUGGGUUGGCUCUUCUCGGAUUUGUUAGUAUAUUUAAUCAACAACUUUUUUUGUGAACCCCUCCACAAGAGAGUCGACACUUCUUUCCCAUUCAGAAUUUACACGACUGCGUACUAUGUUCGGAUUGGGAUAUGACGCAAUGAGUGAUGGGUACAAGAUCCUUAAUUUGGACGUGCAUGGAGGUGGACAACCAUCUGUUGAAAUUCUCUCACUAAAAAGUGGUUCUUGGAGAAAAAUUUGUUACUAUCCAACUGCCAUUUGCCCUAGGUGGGGACAGAAAAAUGUGAUAUAUCCUUGCCAAAAUUGCGGUCUGUAUGUGGAUAUUAUGGUAUUUGUUCAUGGAGCAUUUCAUUGGCUUGGUAAGACAAUAUCAAGAACUUAUCAUGUGGUUUUAUUUACUGCUUCAAAUGAGGUAUACGGAGAGAUAUUGUUAUGAAUCAAAAUGACCAAAAGACUAAGGCUGUGGGCACAUUUGGAAACUUAGCAAAUUACAUUUGGGAUCCCGGUUAGAUGGAGCAUAUACCUAUAUAUACAAUUGGAAAUAUUCUAUUAGGGAAAGCUAUGAACUUGGUUUAUUUUAUUUUACUUAGUUUCUUAGAGGAUAGAUGUGGAACCUCCCUCCCUUCUCCCUUUUUCAUUUCUUCUUCCUAUGGAAGAUUUGGUUACUUGUUUUAAGCAUUUGUAAUUAUUUGAAGAUGAACUCUUAUAUUUGUGUAUGUGGUUCCCAUAAUCCAUUUCAAUAUAAUAUGGGUUCACUACAUUGGUGCUCUCGUUGCUCGUACUCCUUGCCUUUGGACUCUCAUGCCAUGAUCUAUACUUCCAUCAAUACCAUACGGGAUUUAGUGAAGGAGAUGCAAGAGAACAACACUCAUAUGAUCUCUUCUAUUUGCCGUAUGCAGUCAGUGCUGCACGAAAUGCAAUUAGACUCCACGGAAUUCGUUGAUGCUCCAGAAAUUUCAGAUGCUACAGCUAUCACCUUUGCACUAGACUAAGUUGAUACAAACACCAAGGUGGCCAAUAUCGUGAAAUCACAUCUCGAUUCACAACUUCCUGUUUUUGCUGUCGGAGAUACAAUACCCAAAACAAUAGUUCUCGACGGUGUGUUCUAUGCUUAUAUUUCCGUAUCGCAGCUUCAAUCUUCACCUCUAUCAUUCUCAGUUAAGCGAUCGAGUCUUCCACUUAAAGCCUGCGGACAGGAGCUUGACAUGGAGUUUGGAUGCAAGGUGUUUGACAUAUGCCGAAGAGGGAUAUAUUUGCACAUUUUUAUGGUAAUAAUAGAGCUAUUAGUUCGCUUCCAUAUGAUUUUGGCUUUCACGACUGCAAGUGGGUAGAUACUGGGCAAGUAAGGGCUUCAUAUGAUGCAAAAAUAGAUGAGAUCACUCUGAAAGAUACAAUGGAUAGUGCUGCGAUAGACUGUACCAGCGACAAUCGUUCUGAUUUGAUUGUCGAAAACUCACUCUUGUUGGACAAUUCUAAGGCACCUUCUGAGGUGUUACAAAAUCCCAUGGCAGAUUCAUUACCGGGAUAUUCUGCAAUUCUUGGACACCAGCUGUUCGAUACAAUGUCCAAUAGACACUGCUACUCCAAGUCUUGCGAAGUUGUUUGUGCUGCGCUUAGCAUUGAUUACUCUGACCGAUAUGGUGAUUUUUCAUUCCAGCUUAAGAAACUCACUAUCUAUUAUAGCGACAUUCGGGGUGUUGCGGAGGUACAAGAUGAACUAAAAGAAAUUGUUCACUAUCUACAUGACCCCAAGCGUUGCACUCGUCUUAAUGAUGAUGGACUCUCACAUAACAUCACCAAAAUGUUCGAUAAUAGUUUUCAAUCGGAUCUCCCAUUAAUUGGAUGCCCGACGAGUGAAAGUAAAUUGAUUGGUUGGUUCUACCUUGUAAAGAGGUUGGCAGCUGGUGAGUGGGUCACAGUUGGAGUUCCUGCUUGUGGACUCUUUCAUAUUGCUUACUCCAAUGCCUCAGAUAUGUUGACGGUAGACCUCCUAUCUACUUACAGUCAAAUGCGUCAAGAGGAUAUGCCCAUGGUGCGAAGGUUGGUUGCGACACACUUGGGGAAGUUUGUUGCUAAUGUUGCACCUACUUACCUCAAGAUUGACAUCACAUCAAUGUUUGAUUAUCUUACACAUGGUACUAAGAUUCUUGUACGUGUAGUAGCCCUCGACAUUCUAUAUACCAGGCUGCUAUUAGCCUUUGGAGUAAAACCUUAUUCUGGAAUUUAUGAGAAGACUUCAGGCUCACUGAAAGACCAAUUGGAAGCUAUCACACCAGCACUUGAAAAAGUUUCAAAUGCUCUGGGUUCCAUUAAAAAUUAUGAUUUCUUGGAGUAUUUAAAGAAGUUCCUGGACUGGAGUGUGCAAAGUGAAGCUGUUAGCAAUACUGGUAGCUUGAUUGGUUGUAGUGUAAAUGACCUCGUACUAGCUUUAUCAACAUAUCACAUUCAAGUCGGCAAUGGCAAGCGACAAAAGAGGGGAGAGCCUUCUGUGGAGAUUAGCGAAGAAGACUGUGUCGACAAGGUUAAUGUGAUUUUUGAGAAUGGACAGCAAUAUACAGGUGCUCUUUUGGUUGGCGUUGAUGGUGUAUGGUCUGAGGUGUCCGAAAUGCAUGCACGGAUAUGCUACAAAGAUGGAAGUCCUUUCCAAACUGAUUUACACAGGGAACCUGGUACCUGUAUUACAGAUAACAGAGGCUUGAAUGACACUGAAUUCACAGACACUGGAGAAAGACUCGAGUAUAGUAAGUUAUCUCUAGCUUUGUUUGUUAGCAUUAUGAUUGAUAUACAUAUGCAUGUUAAAAGUAGUUGGCUGGACAACGAGAGAGGUGUAUUCGAUGAUAUAAUUGGUAGGAACUCGCUCGCCGCGCUUAGAAAAAAUUCCACUCAAGUUCUGGCUGUUAAAUUUGAUCUCUUCAAGAAUUGGCAAUUGCUGGCCAAAUCUCAGAUUUCUCAUUCUAUUAGGCCAGAGUGUCACAUUGAGAUAUUUUCCUUUGUGGAAAAGGUCCAUUUGGAACCUCGUGCUACUUGGAUACAUACAAAGGUUCUAUCUGUUGUUGGGCUUCGACAAGAUGAAGUCGAUGCCGUGGUGUCUAUCAUGAAGGUUGAAAAACCUCCUUCAGUGUUAUAUGCUGAUUUUGGUGGAUCAGACGCGCAGAAUAAGGAGAUUAAAGAAGUCUUUGAGUGUCCUUUGCCUCACCCCCAAGCUUUCUGAAGACAUUGGUAUCCAGCCUCUUACAUGGAUCGUUCUCUCUAGAGAGCCUGAAGUUGGCAAAAUAAUAUUUACAAAGACAGUUGCUCAACCUUACAAAUUAGUCCAGCUUCAUGCCACAAAAGCUGCUAAGAAUACUAAUGUGGUUUGUCCAUUGUUGCCAAUUUGAAGCUAUUGGCAUCAGGUGCUAGAAAUCCUAUCCUUGCAUAUGUGAAAAUACUGAUAUAAUUAAGAUAAGUGAAGAGGAGAAUUACUUUUUGGCACAAGGAGAAGAUUCACAUUAUAACGUUGUUGUUCCUAAGUUGUGCCGUCCAAAUCUGAUGUUACUUCUUGUCAUAAAAGGCCGUAAAGUUUGUUUUCAUUAUAUCAAGGAAUUAUGUGGACGAGUUAAGGUUUUAAAGCUGGAUUCUGUGGACAUCUUCAGUGUUGGAGAUGUUUUUGUAGCUAGAAGAUUGUUACAACUAGUAUAUGAUAUCUCUCUGCACCAGGAUGACAACAAACUAAGAGAGGCCCUCAAGUUUAACUUUUCGUUUGAUGUGCUCAAGAAAUUUCAUCAUGUACUUUGUUAAUUCAAAUGUCGUUUCUUGACUAAAUUUCCAUUGGAUGUACCAGUAAAGAUUCUGGAAGAUUUUAGCAGCAUUGAGGAGGCAAAUCAACUUAUCAUUGGCACAUUUGAUGUUACGCACAAACCAAGUGAAAAGAGAGUUCACAAUGCUAAUGUCGCUUUGGAUUCCUUGUUGAAUGUUAUCAUUGUCAGGCGGAUAUUUCUAUAUUUCCUCCGUUGGAUUGACCAGGAAGACAAUGAUGAUAUUUCUCUUGUUGCAACAACUCUCGACAAAUGUUUCAGUCUUGACAAAUUCAGUUGUACUGUUUUGCAGCUUGGCACUACUGAGAUACUCACAUUGAUCCACUCGAACCUUGAGGACAAGGUUCUUUUUGAGGGUGGAGGAAUUGUUAUGAAUCAAAAUGACCAAAAGACUAAGGCUGAGGGCACAUUUGGGAACUUAGCAAAUUACAUUUGGGACCCAGGUUAGAUGGAGCAUAUACCUAUAUAUACAAUAGGAAACAUUCUAUUAGGGAAAGCUAUGAACUUGGUUUAUUUUAUUUUACUUAGUUUCUUAGAGGAUAGAUCUGGAACCUCCCUCCCUUCUCCCUUUUUCAUUUCUUCUUCCUAUGGAAGAUUUGGUUACUUGUUUUAAGCAUUUGUAAUUAUUUGAAGAUGAACUCUUAUAUUUGUGUAUGUGGUUCCCAUAAUCCAUUUCAAUAUA